ACAAUAUCUAAUUAAUAAAUCGAUGAUAGGCAUAUUAAAUGCAGAGUUUAGUACUGUCUUGUAUUCUAACAGAGACAACAACUUAUAGGUAUAAAAUCAUCAAAUAAAAAAGAGGAAUAAACAUGUUUUUGCCACUACUUUUUGCAGUUGUAUUGCCUUUAAUUGCAGUCCAAAGUAACGACAAUGUUCAGACAUACAGGAUCAAUAUUAAAGUACCUGGAGGAAGGGUGAACGAGGAUGUUGUUGUUGACUCAAAGGCAAACCUAAUGACUGUCAAUGUCGGGGACGUCUCCCAACUGAAUAACUCUUAUUGUCCAUCAAUCAAUCUUCAUGAUUUUGAAAAGCAAAAAGUUGCCAUAAAGAACAUAGAUCAUGGACUUUGCCUAGUAAUAGAUACAAAGGAAUCGAAAAUCGAUUCAGUGGGUUUGUUCAACAAAAUAGAACGGUUACACUACCAGCAUGAAAUUAAAGACGAAAUAUUGGUCCGUGCGCAUCCAAUUACACCCGAUGAAAUGUUAAAAAUAGCUGGAGAAAAACUUGCAGAAUUUUGUCGAGGUUACAAACUAUUUAAUGGAGAACGGGUUCAACAUGAUGGUGUACACAUAGCUUUUAAGAAAGCAAGACGUGUAAAACGUAGUGUACGAGGAUACCUCAGAGGCUGUAGUUUUUUGUGUGGUUGGUGUAUAAUAGGGGCUUCAUAAGCAAGAUCUGAUGUGCAAAUCCGGACGCCCGACAAAGACAAGACAAAAAACUUUUAACUACAUUAGAAAAGUUCAAACUGCUAUGUUAUAUUUAAUAAAUAUAUCUAAAUGUAAA